ACGGUGUCUGGCGAGCUCGUUUUCGUGGGCACCGAUUUGGAUCAAGAAGUACAGUGGGUUAUCCGCCAGGAAGAUGGCUCCCUGACACCUAUCGCAUUGGGGUAUAAGGCCCCCGAGACUGAUGACCUCGGACAGUCCGUGGUGCCAGGAGCGCUGGUGACUAUUCCAUGCUACAUUGAUGCCCUUGGUGUCUGUAAUCCAGUGCCGGGCUAUAGUACCGUCGUCUUAUCCGCGCAGCCACUGCUCCUGCCGAACACCGAAAGAAUCAUCCAGCGACGAUUGGUGAUUAUUGUGGACUACUCAUCUUGCGGCUUUCCGCCUUCUUAUAAUGAAAGCGUUGUACGUUCGCAAUUCCUUGGGCCGAAUGGCGACGGCAGUGGCGGCGUCGCGAAACAAUUCACGCAGUGCUCUUACGGGAGAUUUAACGUGAACCCCGCAGCACUGAAGGUAAUAACUGUGAAGAGGAACUGCCCGGUGGAGGCGACGUUAAAGUCAUGCGCAGUCUUACUAUUGACCAACGAUGUCGACAACGGAGCAAAGGAAAUGCUAGGAAACGCGGCAUUUGCAGGCUUUACCCAUAAGACGUACAUCUUACCAUUCGGCCUCACCAUGUACUGUUCUUGGGCGGGCCUAGCGUUGCUGCCUGGCACUCAAUCGUGGGUGAUGAGUACGGGCUAUGGACUGGAGCGAGUGGCGACGAUCAUGCAGGAGAUAGUUCACAACUACGGGCUCCGGCAUUCGUGGCGAAAUGACUGGGAGUACGCGGAUUACUCCACUUUCAUGGGCCGUGGAGAUGUGUGCCUCAAUGCCCCAGAAUUAGCCUAUUUGGGCUGGGCAACACCCGCACCAGGCGGUGACCACAUCGACUCAGAAGUGUUGCCAGUAGGCACUUCUAUCACCUUCAGCCUCCCUGCCACCUACCUUUCCUCUAAUGGCAGCUACCUCCGGGUUAUCCCCGACUGGCUGCCGUCGUACAAUAACAUUAGCAGUGGCAAGAACCUGUACAUCUCCGUACGAGUCGACAAGGACGGGGAUGCUUUACUGCAACCCGUGUUCGCAAACAAAGUUAAUGUUCAUGAACUCAAUGCAUCCCUGGACAACAAUAUCUUGGCGCAACCCCUCGUCGACCGUAAGAUUCAAUUCAUCACCGCCAUUCCACCUGUUAGCCAGUCAAUUUUGACCACCUACAAGGUUGUCGUAUAUGGCGGAUCCUGGGUUGGCGACAAGGACGUUCUGAGAGUGCACCUCUGCCGCUACGAAUCCUCCCCCAAAGAAUGCCCGUCCCUGAAUGCUCUGGAACUGCUCCCUUCACCACCAUCCCCCCUGAAACCGCCGCCAGCCAGCCCCCGACGGCCGUCUAGCCCUCGGCCACAGCCCAUCAGGGCCAGCCCCAGCAGGUCCCCGCCACCA